UCGCGCCGAAAGCUCUCGUUAAUUUUUGGGGUGAAGAGGAGGAGGAUGAACGGCAUUCAGACGUGACUGACUAUUAAGGAAAGACGCAUGAUCCCAUGGUUGGUUCCUACUGUACAAAAGAAAGAAAGGAACCCUUGAAUAACGUGAGCGACUUUGUUAAUUAUGUUAGAGAUGUAAUAUGUCCCAGACAAAAAACAUGAGUUUGAAAAGGUGCGUCUCCCACUAGUCCGAUCCGCGCAAGCAAAGCCAAUUCAAUUCACUCCUCUCGUCGCCUCGGCAAAAAGUGCAUGUUCACAAGUUAUUAUGGACAAGAAGGUUCUUGAUUACACGUUGGUCCCCUUGGGCUUGUUCAUAAUGAUGGCCUACCAUGCAUGGCUCCUCCAUCGGAUCGUGAAGCACCCCACCAAGACCGUCGUCAGCGUGACCGCCAUUAAUCGGCGAUUCUGGGUUCAAGCUAUGAUGGAGGAUGUCUCCAAGACCGGCGUUCUCGUGGUCCAAACGCUGAGGAACAACAUAAUGGCGUCGACUCUGCUGCCCUCGACUGCGAUCACCCUCAGCUCCCUCAUUGCCAUCCUCAUGACCAGCGGGAACGGCAACCAAUCCUCGCUCUUCAUCUUCGGAGACCGGAGCAAGUUCGGUUUCUCUGUGAAGUUCUUUGCCAUCCUCGUGUGCUUCUUGGUGGCUUUCCUUCUGAACGUUCAGUCCGUAAGGUACUACAGCCACGCGAGCAUCCUAAUCAAUGUGCCGUACAGGAAGAUAUCGCAGCACCAGCACCACCACCACCACCGGGCAAUGGCGGAGUAUGUGGCCACAACGGUGAACCGGGGGAGCUAUUUCUGGUCGCUGGGGUUGCGGGCAUUCUACUUCUCUUUCCCUCUUUUUCUGUGGAUUUUUGGUCCGAUCCCCAUGUUUUUGAGCUGUUUCGUGCUGGUUUGCAUGCUGUAUUUCUUGGAUGUCACGUUUGAGUUUGGGUGGGCCGUGGGGGCUUCUGAUGAUGAUGAGAGGAAAGAUGAGGAACUGGGAAGUGCAAUGAUGAUGAGUAUCGGUGGAUUAAACAGCUGAUCUCCAACUUUACCAGAGCUUCACAAUAUAGUUUCUUUCAUAAGUUUUGCAAUCUA